CCAGGGCUGGUUACUUCCUGUCUGAUCCGUGGAUGUUUUCCUGCAGGGGAGAAAGGAGAAGAAAAACAACACGUUUUCAUCUCAUGCGACACAUUUUCACGUCUAGACCCUGAGAGUCGGGACUGAAGAGGAGAACCUCCAUUAACGUGUCUGCGUCACUCAGUCGCUCCCAGCUGUUUAUUAUUUUCGAAGCUGCGAAGACAUGUUACACCGGAGGGGCGGGUAGCUAGCAGUUGAGAGUAGAAAGAGCCAAGCACCGCCCGUCCGGGUGGCCCGUUCGUUUUGGAAAAAGAAACAAACGACGCGUAUUGAUAGUUUGUGUGUGCGUGAGACCAUCUUCUGACAUUAGCAGCUAAUGCUGGCUACUUCACAUUAGCUUCAUUUCUUCAUAAACACUCGUCAUGUCAAAAUACACAAGCUUCUCGGAGCCCAUGGACGACCAAAACCCCUUCCAAGAUCCUGCAGUGACUCAACACAGCAGCAAUGCAGGAUAUGCCACACUGGACCUUUACAACCCAUUUGACAACACGACUGGGCCUCCACCACCAUAUGAUGCCACCUCGCCCACUGCUCCACCUGUGCCUGCACAGACCCCGCCCAGCAGAACAACACCAACUGAACCUCGCAAUUAUGGCUCCUAUAACUCCCAGCCUGUGGUGAAUGCAACUACAGCAGAGCUCCUGAAGAAGCAGGAAGAGCUGGAGAAAAAAGCCCAGGAGCUGGAGAGGAGAGAGAGGGAGCUGGAGUCACACGGCCUGGGACCCGGAGCCUCCCGUCAGAAUAACUGGCCCCCGCUGCCGUCAUUCUGCCCUGUGGGCCCCUGCUUUUACCAGGACAUCAAUGUGGAGAUCAGCCAGCGUUUCCAGCGCACAGUCACCAUCAUGUACUACUUCUGGAUGUUUGGCACCUGCACACUGCUCCUCAACUUGAUCUCCUCCCUGGCCGUUUUUUGUGUGGACACCACAGGCAGUGGUGUGGGCCUGGGUCUCGCCAUCUUGUGGGGGAUCCUCUUCACACCCUGCUCUUUUGUCUGUUGGUACCGACCUAUGUACAAAGCCUUCAGGAGUGACAGCUCCUUCAACUUCUUCGCCUUCUUCUUCGUUUUCUUUGCCCAAGUGGUCGUCUACGUCAUCAUGACCAUCGGCAUCCCUGGAUGGGGUUUCAGUGGGUGGAUCGUGAGCCUGGCUGCUAUGAAGAUAAGCGUUGCCGUUGGUGCGAUCAUGAUGAUGAAUGCCAUCCUCUUUACUGCCCAAGCAGCCAUGGGGGUUAUCAUGCUGAAGAAGGUCCACGGUCUGUACAGACAGACCGAUGCCAGCUUCCAAAAGGCCCAGGCUGAGUUUGCAACCGGAGUCAUGUCCAAUCAGGCUGUACGCCAGGCCACCUUCAGCGCAGCCCAGGGGGCCUUCACCGCACCUCGAUAGAGAAAGUGAUGUACAAGUAGGGCUGGGAGGGUAAGAAGUGCAGGGCUUGAUCGAUAGAGCAAUUUCCCCCCAAAGGUUAUUUUAGUUUGAUUGGGGGGUUGCGUCAUUAUAUUUACCCCAGGGCACUGAAACUAUAGGGCACUUGCAUGAGACAGAGGUGUGGUUGUCUAAUUUCAAAAUGUGUACAUGAAAAGUUAACUACAUUGCCAAAACAAGAGUGGCAAGAUGGAAGAAACAGGAAAAAAUGUGACGACGUGAAACGCAAAAAAAACAAAAAACACUGAAGAUGCUGUAUGAAGUUUGUCACAGUUGUACAAGUGUCACUGAAGGCUUUUUACUUGUGUGUAUAUAUUAGAAGAUGAGCUGUGUGCCAAGUGGGAUAGUAUUCACAUGAUUAUGGUAUGUGCGUUAUGUUUACCCGGAGCCAUGUUUGUGUGAAUUUUAAGUCUGAACUGAACACUGAUUUGUUGCCAUUCUAACAUGUCAUCCACAUGUGAGUGGAGGAGCUUUAGCCAAUACUCUACGUUUUUUUUUCUUCUGUUGUUGUUGCUUGAGUGUAAAACUAAUGUGUUGUUUUUGUUGUUAUUCCAAAAACGAGAAUGCCUACUUACUGUACUGCCAAAAGCUCUCAUAUUGUCAAUAUUAUGAUCCUGUGUUGUUGUUGUUGUUUCGGUUACAAUUUAUCUGUCACUGCUCUGUGAGUGCAGCCUGUGGUUCUUAUGAUUAUUACAGUUCACUGUUUGUGUUGAAUAAAUAAUAAAUUGUCUCGCUCAUACAGACA